CGUUUAUCGCCUUCCCUCUUUCGGCGGGCUAAGCCGCGGGGGCAGGCGCGCUGCCGCGGUCCAUCGACGUUCGAGGAGCCCUCUGGGCCUGUCUCCGCUUAGUUGUGGGCCGACCAGCCCCCCCCCUCCCUGCGUUGCCGUGGGGACGGGACGCCACGCCGGGCUCCGCCCAGAGGUGAAGAGAGGCGGUGUAAGACGCCCUGGGGUAGCCGCCGCCCGCCAUGGAGUCGAGCAAGGGAAAACGUACUAUCCCAAAACCACAUCCUCCAGUUGUAGGUGAGGUGACCCACCACAGCAUUCAACUCUCUUGGGAUUUGGAAAAUACAGCACAAAGAAAAGGACCUCAAGAGCAAUGGCUAAAGAUUUCAAUUGAAGAAGAGGACCCCAAAUUACAUACCUAUGGUACCAUUUAUACGGGAUAUGCUCGACAACAUGUCAUAGAAGGUCUUCAGCCAAGAACGACCUACAGAUUUCGACUAAAGGUCACUAGUUCUACAGGGGAGUGUUCUUAUAGUCCAGCUGUCUCAGUAUCCACUACAAGAGAGCCGAUGAGUGGAGAGCAACUUCAUCGAGCUGUCAGUAUGAAUGAUGUAGAUGCAGUUCUUAACAUUCUUCAGGGAGGACAUGUGAAGGUGGAUGUUCCUGAUAAACUAGGCUUUACUGCUCUGAUGGUUGCUUCUCAGAAAGGAUAUGAUAGGCUUGUGAAAAUAUUGGUACAGAAUGGAACAGAUGUAAAUCAGAAGAAUGGAAGUGGAAAGGACAGCCUAAUGUUAGCUUGUUUUGCUGGUCACCUGGAUAUUAUUAAAUACCUCAGAGAACAAGGAGCUUCUUGGGAAGUCAGAGAUCUGGGAGGUUGUACAGCAUUGCACUGGGCUGUGGAUGGAGGACAUUGUGAGGUUAUUGAAUGGAUGAUUAAUGAUGGCUGUCAGGUAGAUGCUAAAGAUACAUGCUUAGAAUGGACACCAUUGAUGAGAGUUUCUGCAGUAACAGGGAAUAAGGAUGUGGCAUCUCUUUUAAUUGAAGCAGGAGCAGAUGUGAAUAUGAAAGAUAAAGAUGGCAAAACACCUUUAAUGGUGGCAGUAUUAAAUAACCAUGAAGAGUUGAUUCAGUUGCUCCUGGAUAAAGGAGCAGAUGCUACUGUUAAAAAUGAGUAUGGCAAAGGUCUUCUAGAAAUGGCUAGAGGUUUUCACAGACACAGCGUGGUCAUCUUGUUAGAAGAAAAUAAGAGAAAAUUAAGUGAGAACACCAAUUGUCCUCCACCAGUUCUUGGCUCACAGGCACGUGAGGUAACUAAAUAAAAGCAAAGGAGCGCUUUUUCUACCAGCAAGGUGAAAACAUGAAGACUGGCUCUCAGUUAAGCAUUAGAAUUUGCUUGUUUUACCUUAUACUGUUCAGUUGUUACAGAUUCUUGGAUGCUCAUUAAAAUGUGUAGCUCAGCUUCUUGA